GUGCCUCCGCAAAGUAUGGCUUCCUUGUCUGGAUCAAUGUUGUUUCCUGCUACAUUACCGCAUGGUUCUACUCGGUCUACUAGAUUCUCUAUUUGGAGUGCGGGCACAAUCACUUCGUUAUGUUAUAAACCGAGAAAUGAGCAGAGAAAAGUUGUGUGUGCUUGUAUGGCACCUCCGUGGAACAUAGGCAGUGAUGAAUAUCCUGCAACAAAAUUCAAUAAUUUGUAUAAAUCAGAGCAUUUGGAGACGGUAAUGGAACCGGAGGAUGAUUCUGAUGUUCUAAUUGAAUGUAAAAAUGUCUACAAGUCAUUUGGGGAGAAGGAUAUUCUGAGAGGUGUGAGCUUCAAGAUUAGACAUGGUGAAGCAGUUGGUAUUAUUGGACCUUCAGGGACUGGGAAAUCUACAAUAUUGAAGAUUAUUGCAGGACUUCUUGCUCCAGACAAGAUGAAUAAUCAGGAUGGGGAGGUUUAUAUCCGAGGUAGAAAGAGAGAUGGUUUAAUUAGUGAUCAGGAUAUAUCAGGGCUUCGAAUUGGAUUGGUGUUUCAAAGUGCAGCUCUUUUCGAUUCUUUGACUGUACGUGAAAAUGUUGGUUUCCUAUUAUAUGAAAACUCAAACAUGGGAGAGGAACAAAUCUCAGAGCUUGUAAAGGAAACAUUGGCUGCUGUAGGUUUGAAGGGAGUUGAAGAUCGAUUACCUUCAGAGUUGUCAGGUGGAAUGAAGAAAAGAGUUGCCUUGGCUGGCUCUAUAAUUUGUGAUAUCACAAAGGAGUCAAUAGAGCCAGAGGUGCUUUUGUAUGAUGAACCAACUGCUGGACUUGAUCCAAUUGCAUCUACUGUAGUAGAAGACCUCAUCCGUUCUGUCCAUAUGAUAGAAGAAGAUGCAGUUGGGAAGCCAGGGAAAAUUGCAUCUUAUAUGGUUGUUGCUCAUCAACAUAGCACCAUUGGGAGGGCUGUUGACAGGUUGUUGUUUCUUUAUGAAGGAAAGAUUGUUUGGCAAGGGAUAACUCAUGAAUUCACUGCAUCAACCAAUCCAAUUGUUCAACAGUUUGCAUCAGGAAGCCUGGAUGGGCCAAUCAGAUAUUAAGACAUGAACCAUGGAGGUUUUGCAUGAUGGAAUUUGGAGAUCAGAAUUCUUAGAAGCAUGUGCGUGCAGAUUUUGCUCCUGUCCCCCUGAUUGACACUUUUGAAUGUGUCUUGCAGCCGACCAAAACUCUUGGCCUCAAAAGAGACUAAACUGGUUCACUGAGGAGUCAUCUUGAUUUGCCAUCGCCAUUUGCCAGCUUGUACAGUAUAUGCUCUUUAGGAUGCUGGCGGAUGUGAAUUUAACGUUUGGGAAAACAUAUGAGGGAGAGAAAUGUAUCCAUUAAUAUUCUUUUUAGUUUCUAAUUUAGUUCACAAUAUUAGGCCAACUUCUUUGGGUUAACGUCACGUUAUAGCAGUGGGACAUUUGGAAUAGUGUAUAUCCCAAAUUUACAUAAUGAAAGAUGUUGAUUCUCUA